AUGGCCCCCCUUAUCACCUCUAAUUUUGUGGAUUACUGCUUCUUGUUUUUCAUUUGGAUUGUCUCAAAUCUCAUGGUGCGUUUCUUGAUCAAAACAUGCACCAAUUCUCGAGCCACAGCUCGUAACCCACCGAGCCCACUCGCUCUGCCGAUUAUCGGUCACCUCCAUCUUCUAAGCCAUUCGUUGCCAAAGUCAUUGCAAAACUUAGCUCGACGCCACGGCCCCCUCAUGCAGAUACGUUUUGGCGCGACAACUUUCAUCAUCGCUUCCAACGCCGCCGUCGCAAGAGAAAUGUUGAAAACCCAUGACGUUGAUUUUGCUUCCAGAUUUGAAUUUGGUCCCUCCAACUAUAAUAUUUACAGUGGGGCCGGUUUUGUUACCUGCGCUAACAGCAGCUACUGGCGGUUCAUGAAGAAGCUGUGCAUGACAAAGCUUUUCGCGGGGCCCCAGUUGGACCGUUUCAACAGCAUCCGAGUGGAAGAGGUUGAGAAGCUGUUGAAAUCGCUGCUGAAGAGCUCCGGAGAAGGAGAGGCGUGCGAUUUGGAGGCGGAGUUGACGACCUUGACGAACAAUUUGAUGUGCAGAAUGGCUCUGAGCAAGAGGUGUUCGGCCGACGACGCCACGGGAGCCAAGGAAAUCAGAAAGUUGGUCGUGGAAAUCAUGCAGCUAGCGGCGAAAAUAGGUGUGAAUGACGUGUUUGGUCCUUUAAGGAAGUUUGACCUCUUCGGACAUGGGAAAAGGCUCGUGGAGGGUCUCUGGCGGUACGAUCGGUUUUUCGAGCAGAUCAUGAAGGAGUACGAGGACAACAUGGGAGGCGGCGCCGCCGGGCAUGGGAAAGAAGCGGCAGAUCUGAUGACUAUCGUGUUGGAGACUUAUAAUGACACGAAUGCAGAAGUGAAGAUAACAAGAAAUCAGAUCAAGUUUUUCUUCAUAGAACUAUUUAUGGCAAGCGUUGAUACUUUAUCGGCAGGAAUACAAUGGGCCAUGGCCGAGAUCAUCAACCAUCCCCAGGUCUUUAAGAAGCUUAGAGAUGAGAUUAACAUGGCUGUGGGGUCAAGCAGGCUGGUCAAACAAUCGGACGUCCCAAAUCUUCCUUAUUUGCAAGCGGUUGUGAAGGAAUCACUAAGAUUACAUUCUCCAGCACCACUCAUCUUCAGACAAUCCACCAAAGACUGCAAGAUCAACGGCUUUGAUGUAAAGGCCAAGACUAAAACGAUGAUCAAUGCCUAUGCCAUCAUGCGGGACCCGGAGUAUUGGAAUGACCCAGAUGAGUUUAUUCCGGAGAGAUUUUUGGUCAACUCCGAUGAUAACCUCGGUCAACAUCAGAUGGAAAUCAAGGGCCAGGAUUUUCGUUACCUUCCAUUUGGGGGCGGAAGGAGAGGAUGCAUUGGUGGAACGCAUGCAGUACUUGUGACGCAAGUGACACUUGGAGCGUUGAUCCAAUGCUUUGACUGGAAAGUCAAAGAUGGGGAGAAGAUUGAUAUAAAGGGAGCAUCAGGAUUCGCUGGAGCAAUGUCGCUUCCUCUUGUGUGUUAUCCAAUUACUCGUUUUGAUCCAUUUUCGGCAACCAUGAAAUUUCCUAGGAAUGGAGCAUAA